CGUAACUAAGAUUGACAUCCAGAUGCAAGCUGUAUUCUCGAUCGAGUUGUGUUGAACGACAAAUGUCUUCCUCUGAUUGAUCAUAUGGUGAUCGUAGAGAUUGAUUUAAAUAUAUUUGGGCCUUUUAACGCGAUAGUUGAUGUGUGAAACGUGUCGAAAAUCGCUAUUUCGGAACCGCACGUUCCGGUAACGGCUACAAUUUUUGUAAGGACUCGUUUCGACCCGAUUAAUGUACUCCUAAAACGAGUCUCUCCAGAUAGAUAUAUACGAACAAUGGCUGAUGUAAGUGUACCUGAUAGCGUUUCAAUGCCUCCACCGCCUCCUCCACGUUCGAUACCCCGUGUAAGCAACAGUACCAGUCCACCACCAAACUGUGCAAUUUGUUUGGGCAGUUGCACAAACAAGUCGUUCUCGGAUUCUUGUAUGCAUCAGUUUUGUUUCACAUGUCUUUUAGAAUGGUCAAAGAUCAAACCAGAAUGUCCACUUUGUAAACAACCGUUUAAUACAAUUAUACAUAAUGUAAAAAGUAAUAAUGAAUAUGAUGAACAUUUUGUGCAACCAAAUAGACAACAGCAAGAAGUGCCUAAUCAGAUUAAUGAUGUGUUGUUUUUACCAUCCGGACAACCACCUUCAAGGCAUUUUCAAUUUCGAACCACAUUUACAGUUGAUCCAAGAGGAGAAUUCGCAAUUCAACAAAUGCUUCUCAGCCAUCCAUUAACAAAUUCAAUUUCAUACGUUCCCCAUUAUGUUCCUGAACGGUACAGGCGCCUGAUUUCGUCCACCAAUUUCCGUAGAUUUAUCUAUGACGAAAAUUUAUGGGUUUCCCGCACAGCGGAUGUUACAGGUCGAUACCGCGAGGCGUCACCGCGAUAUUUUAGAGAACACCCAGGGGCCAUAAAUCGAUUAGCACCAUGGUUAAAUCGCGAAUUAAACGCUCUCCUUUCCGGAAACACACAACAAAUUAUGACUCUCAUUGAUACGAUUCUUCAACACCUUCACCGGCAUCAUAUAAUAGGAUUUUUCUUUAAGAAUCUCUUAAAUCCGUAUUUAGGACCGCGUACUGAUCAUUUUAUUCACGAAUUUUAUAACUUUAUGCGUUCUCCUUAUGAUAUGGUCGGUUAUGAUCGCCACAGUUGUUAUACUUCUUUUCCACAACCGGUUCUUAGUGAUGAAAACAUUAGUAGUGCAGAUGAUAGCGAUGAUGUGGCUAUUUUAGCUACGACAAGUGCCGAAACUAUCGGAAAUGCACCAAAUGCCGCAGUUAACCCAUUCCAUAGGCCUACAAUUGAAGUGAUCGAAAUCAAUUCAGAUUCAAGUAAUGAUAGUGAUGUGAUUAUUCAAGAGCCAACCCCAGUUAUUGUUGAUUUAUUAAACUCUUCCGACGAUGACGACGUGUUGCCUGUUUAUCCAGAGACUGAAACCAAUAGACAACAAACUCAACCUCAACCAAGCGCUAGUAGUAAUUCAAAAAUAUCGAUAAUCGAUGUGAAAAUAAAGAAAAGAAAACGAAAAAUGAAACUACGCGAUUUAAAACGUCGCGAAAAACGCCGAGGAAAAGGAAUUUAUACUUCUUCAUCGUCAACCGAGUCUACUUCUUCGUUGUCUUCUUCGUCAUCUUCGGAUUCAGAGGAACGUCGAAAACGUAAGAAAAGGUAUAUUAAAAAGAUGAGAAGAUAUAGAUCGAGUAGUAGCAGUACAAGUACAACAUCAACGACGAGUACUUGUACUAGUACUUCUACAACAAGUACAAGUAGUAGUGAUGAAAGUGAAAAAAUUGCAGCAAAGUAUAUCAAAAAAGAAAAAUCGAAAAGUAAUAAUAGUAAAAAUAAAAGUAAAAAACAUCAGAGAGUUCACAGUACCAGUACGGCCGAUCUUGUGAACGAUAAUACACCUUCAACUUCUUCAGCCACAACAACAGGAACAGUUUUAAAAAAGGAAUAUUGUGAAGCAACUACAAAUACUGAUUAUUGGGGUAACGAACCUCGUACAUCCAGAGAAAGUGCUCCAACGGAAGUUGCUCCCCUUGACUAUACAAUGGCAAAUUUUGCACGAUCUUACAGUAGUAGUAGUCAACAACCGCGGUAUGAUGAGCCUAGUUGUAGUAAUAAUGUGGAACCUCUUAAUAUUAAGCGGGAAUAUAAUUUGUGGUUCCGUCCGCCGUACGAUAGAAACGGACGCGACAGCAAAUACGGUUCGGAUGAUAGUGAUUGCGAUGACUAAAAAGAAUUUAAAAACUAUACGUUUUAUUUUUAAUUUCUAUUUGUAAUUUUUUAAAAAAAAACCAUAUAAUUUUAAUUUGGUUUUGAUGAUUCGAUCGAUUUGUAAUUUGAUGAAUUGUAAUAUUUAUGUGUAAUAGCGAAAACGAAACAUUUAAUUUUAUUUAAAUUAUAUUGUCUUAGAGAUAAGGUUAUUAUAUAGAUACGGCAAGAACAACAACUACAACAGUAUGUGUACUUUGUAUUGAUUGUAUCAUACGUUUUUACGAGAAAUAAAUGCGAAAUAUAUCUCAGUUA